UGGCCUGAAGUCCCUUCCCCCAUCCUGCUAGGGACUACGGUUUUAAGCCGGGGGAGCUGGCGGCAGAACUAGGCAACCUCCCGCGGGUUUCUGGAUCGGGUGGGUCCUCCUUGUCCUGUCACCAUGGAGCGUCCUCCGGCAGAAGGCUCCAGCCCCAGUCCCAAUGACCAGCACUCUGCUCCUUCUGACCCCCCAGACCAGCCCACUACUGCUCACACAAAGCCAGACCCGGGUUCUGAGGGUCAACCUGCUGGACCUGGAGCAGCAGGCGAGGCCCUGGCAGUAUUGACUUCGUUCGGACGGAGGUUGCUGGUGCUGGUGCCAGUCUACCUGGCCGGGGCAAUGGGACUCAGCGUGGGUUUCGUGCUUUUUGGCCUCGCCCUCUACCUGGGCUGGCGCCGUGUCCGCGAUAAGAAAGAACGAAGCCUCCUGGCCGCACGGCAACUGCUGGAUGAUGAGGAGCGGCUCACAGCAAAAACACUCUAUAUGAGCCAUCGGGAGCUACCUGCCUGGGUCAGCUUCCCAGAUGUGGAAAAAGCUGAGUGGUUAAAUAAGAUUGUGGCCCAGGUUUGGCCCUUCCUAGGCCAAUAUAUGGAAAAGCUUCUGGCAGAAACUGUGGCCCCAGCUGUUAGGGGAUCUAAUCCCCAUUUGCAAACAUUCACAUUUACAAGAGUGGAACUUGGUGAGAAGCCACUUCGUAUCCUGGGAGUCAAGGUUCACCCAGGUCAGACCAAAGAACAGAUCCUACUGGACUUGAAUAUCAGCUAUGUAGGUGAUGUGCAGAUUGAUGUGGAAGUAAAGAAAUAUUUCUGCAAAGCAGGAGUCAAGGGCAUGCAGUUACAUGGUGUUUUACGGGUGAUCCUUGAGCCCCUUAUUGGGGAUCUUCCUAUUGUGGGAGCUGUAUCAAUGUUCUUCAUUCGACGCCCGACCCUUGACAUCAAUUGGACAGGGAUGACCAACCUGCUGGAUAUUCCAGGACUCAGUUCACUCUCUGACACCAUGAUUAUGGACUCCAUCGCUGCCUUCCUUGUGCUACCCAAUCGAUUAUUGGUGCCCCUAGUGCCUGACCUCCAAGAUGUGGCUCAGUUGCGUUCCCCUCUGCCCAGGGGUAUUGUUCGCAUCCACCUGCUAGCUGCUCGAGGACUGAGCUCCAAAGACAAAUAUGUUAAAGGCCUGCUUGAAGGCAAAUCAGACCCCUAUGCACUUGUACGUGUGGGCACUCAGACAUUCUGCAGCCGUGUCAUCGAUGAGGAACUCAACCCCCAGUGGAGGGAGACUUAUGAGGUGAUGGUACAUGAGGUUCCAGGGCAGGAGAUAGAGGUGGAGGUGUUUGACAAGGAUCCAGACAAAGAUGACUUUCUGGGCAGAAUGAAGCUGGAUGUUGGAAAAGUAUUACAGGCUGGAGUACUGGAUGAUUGGUUCCCUUUACAAGGGGGACAAGGCCAAGUUCAUUUGAAGCUGGAAUGGCUGUCACUCUUGCCAAAUGCGGAAAAACUGGAGCAGGUUCUGCAGUGGAAUCGGGGCGUCUCCUCUCGACCAGAGCCCCCAUCUGCUGCCAUCUUAGUGGUUUAUCUGGAUCGGGCUCAGGAUCUACCACUGAAGAAGGGCAACAAGGAACCUAACCCCAUGGUACAACUGUCAGUUCAAGAUGUGACCCAGGAAAGCAAGGCUGUCUAUAACACCAGCUGCCCAGUGUGGGAAGAGGCUUUCCGUUUCUUCCUGCAAAACCCUCGAAUCCAGGAGCUCGAUGUACAGGUGAAGGAUGACUCCCGGGCCCUGACUUUAGGGGCACUGACUCUGCCUCUGGCUCGUCUGCUGACCACCUCUGAACUCACCCUGGACCAGUGGUUCCAGCUUGGUGGCUCUGGCCCCAACUCCAGGCUCUACAUGAAACUGGUUAUGAGGAUCCUUUACUUAGACUCAUCAGAAGUGUGUUUCCCCACGGUGCCUGGGACUCCUGGUGCUUGGGACCUGGACGAUGAAAGCUCCCAGAUGGGCAGCAGUGUGGAUGUACCACCUCGACCCUGUCAUACCACGCCUGACAGCCACUUUGGGACAGAGAACGUGCUUCGGAUCCACGUAUUAGAGGCCCAGGACCUGAUUCCCAAAGAUCGUUUCUUGGGGGGACUGGUGAAGGGCAAGUCAGACCCCUAUGUCAAACUAAAGCUGGCAGGACGAAGCUUCCGGAGCCGUGUUAUUCGGGAGGAUCUCAAUCCCCGCUGGAAUGAGGUUUUUGAGGUGAUUGUCACAUCAAUUCCAGGCCAAGAGCUGGAUGUUGAGGUCUUUGACAAGGAUCUGGACAAGGAUGACUUUCUAGGCAGGUGUAAAGUGAGUCUCACUGCAGUCCUGAACAGUGGCUUCCUGGAUGAGUGGCUGACCCUAGAGGAUGUUCCAUCCGGCCGCCUGCACUUGCGCCUGGAGCGUCUGACCCCUCGUCCCACUGCCACAGAGUUGGAGGAGGUUCUGCAGGUGAACAGUUUGAUCCAGACUCAGAAGAGCACAGAACUGGCAGCAGCCCUGCUGUCUGUCUACCUGGAGCGGGCUGAGCAUCUGCCGCUCCGGAAAGGUACUAAGCCCCCCAGCCCUUAUGCUACCCUCACUGUUGGAGACACUUCUCAUAAAACCAAGACAUGUUCCCAAACUUCAGCCCCUGUCUGGGAUGAGAGCACCUCUUUUCUCAUCAGGAGACCAAACGUGGAGAGCCUAGAGUUGCAGGUUCGGGAUGAAGGGGCAGGGACCCUGGGCUCCUUCUCCCUGCCCCUCUCUGAGCUCCUCACGGCUGACUGCCUCUGUCUGGAUUGCUGGUUUCCUCUCAACAACAACCAGGGACAGGUGCUCCUGAGAGCACAGCUUGGGAUCCUGGUGUCCCAGCACUCGGGAGUGGAGGCUCAUAGCCACAGUUACAGUCAUAGCUCCUCAUCCCUGAAUGAAGAGCCAGAGUUAUGGGGGGGACUCCCUCAUGUCACCUCCUCAGCCCCAGAGCUCCGGCAGCGCCUAACACAUGGUGAUAGUCCCCUGGAGACCCCCACCGGGCCUCUGGGCCAGGUAAAACUGACUGUGUGGUACUAUGGCGAGGGACGGAAGCUGGUUAGCAUCGUCCACAGCUGCCGGGCCCUUCGACAAAAUGGGCGGGACCCACCUGAUCCCUAUGUGUCUCUGCUGCUACUGCCAGACAAGAACCGAGGCACCAAGAGGAAGACCUCACAGAAGAAGAGAACCCUCAAUCCAGAAUUCAAUGAACGGUUUGAAUGGGAGCUGCCCCUGGAUGAGGCCCUUAGGAGGAAGCUGAACAUUUCUGUGAAGUCUAGUUCCUCCUUCAUGUCAAGAGAGCGUGAGCUUCUGGGAAAGGUGCAGUUAAACCUGGCAGAGAUAGACCUUUCCCAGGAUGCAGCCCAAUGGUAUGAUCUCAUAGAUGACAAGGACAGGGGCAGCUCUUAGGAGCUGGCAUUAAUAGCCUGACUCUGCCCUGCCUCUUUGCCUUGCCUCUUGCUGCAUCAUUGCCUCAAUGUGAUGAGCCUCGGGCCUGAGGGCAGAGCCUGUGCCCCUCUUACCUCCUCGCCCAUACGAGGGCCUCUGCCUGACCAAAGAGAAGGACCAUGUAUUACCCUUUACUGCACGGCCUUUAUCCUUGUGGUUUCUUGGGGCAGGGAUCUGAGCUGGCUAUUUCCUGCUUGGCCUGCACAUUGUGCUCCUCCCCGCCCAACUCCCCAGGGUCUUCUGUUCUUGUGCCUGG